AUGGCGACCAAGAAAGGUUCCGUGAAAAAUCGUCAAGCUCCGAACCCCAAUGUCUCCGGCUUCAAUGCUCCACCAACAGGUCAAAUGGCGAAUGCGGCGGGGAAACCAGCCAAAGAAUCGACUGGAAGUGGCACUGGGCUGCUGAUGUCGGUCAUCCGAACAUUAUCAGCAAGUGAAGACCUACAUCAGAGGGAGGUUGAGAAAGCCAAACUAGAGAAAGCUUACCGGGAAUGCGACCAAAGACUGGAUAAACUCAUCACAGUCAACUAUGACACCCUGACCAAGACCAUCCAGGCCUACAGCGCCAUCUCCAGUCGCAUCAAGUCCGCCCGGGAGCGGGUCAAGAGCCUCAAGUCAGACCUGCUGUCCUGCAAGGACCUGCUGCACUGCCGCAGGGAUGAACUCAGGAAGCUGUGGCUAGAUGGGAUGGAGCAGAAGCAUGUGCUGACCCUGCUGGAUCAGAUUGAAGAGGUGAAGAAUGUCCCCCAGCAGCUUGACAUCUAUCUGAAGAGCAAGCACUACCUCCAUGCUACCGAGCUGAUUACUAAGACUGUGGCUCAUCUUGAAAGUGAUCUGAAGGGAGUAGAGGCCCUCAGCGAACUCAAGAUGGAGAUGUUCACUCGCAAAGAGCAUCUACACAAGGUCCUGAUUGAAGAGCUGACCGAGCACCUGUAUGAGAAGUCGGCCGUGACCUUCCAGGUCAACUUCGUCCGCGGGGGGUCGUUCCGGGGCUCGGCCCAGGAUGGAACCUCGCCGGCAGGAAGCAAGAAACACACCCUGCUGGAGCUGGCCACAAUGGCCAAGCAGCAGAGGGCGUCCAGGGUACAUUCACACUCAUUGACGCUGACAGUUCCCGACGGGACAGAAGAAGAGAACAAGCCAGUCGUAGAAGAUCUGAACGAAGACCCGGAGGCCAAUUCUGAACACUACAUGGCCGUCCUGGUGGAAUCGUUGUCCCUCCUCAAAAGGACAUCAGAGGCAGUCGAGUCCAUUAAACGAUGCGUGCAAGUGGAACUCUCCAAGAUCGUACAAAGGACAACAACAGAGGUGGCCGAAAAUGCCAAGCAGCGAGGGGAGAACAUCACGCAGCACAACCAGCCUAAGCUUCUGGUUGAGCUUCUUGAGCUGCUGUUUGAGCGAUUCCACUGCGUGGCCAGCGCGCAUUCAUGUGUACUGGGAUCUCUCCAGCGUGUAGCGGCAAGUGAUAUUCAGCUCUAUACCACGAAUGACAUCUGGUCCAACAUACAGACAGUCUUGCAAGUGCUUCUGGGUAAUUAUCUGGACGUACGAAAUGUGACGGCAUCUGUUCAGCAGUCGUCCAGUGCAUUCAACGAGGCGCUGACUGAUAUCGGGCUGUACUUCAGCCGCCGCAAGACUGCCCGUCAGAGGAAGGUUCCCCUGUUCCGUUUUGAGAUGUCCUCCCACGCCAUCAGCAUGACCAACUACAUGAGGGAACAGAAACAGGAAUACUACGGAUUUGACGGCAUAAUGAAAGUCAAAGAAACAACCAAGGAUGGGACGUUCCAGACUGAGGACGAGAAGGAGGGCGAGGAGGCGCCCAUGGUAUGCAAGCCCAGCGUCAAGAACAUCACCCUCAUCUUCAAGCCGGUCAACAGCUUCAUCAGGGACAUUGAGAUGUCCAUGAAUCUCCCAGAUGGACGCCAUUGCACCCUUCAUGAGUUCAUCAGUGACUACGUCAAAGAUAUCUUCCUGGGACAUCUCCUGGAUGAAAUUGAGACUAAUCUACACGCUGCAACCAAAGGUGGUGACGCCCUGAAGUCCCUCGUAGACAGUGCCACCCAGAAGUUGGUGGGUGCUCCCCGCCCCUUGCUGAACAGCACCGUCAUCAUAGACCACGCCAUCUCUGAUCUCCGUCAACUCAUGAUGGACCUGCCGACCUACGCGGAUCAGUUCCUCAACAUGAUCUGUAACAUACUGCAGGAGUACAAGGACACCUGUUAUGCAAUAUACAGAGGCCUGGUUCAGCCGGAGUCGGAGGACAAGCGCAUCGUGAGUGCCAGCUGGUUGAAAGAUGAGGAUAUCAACCAGUGCUUACGACAACUCCCCAACUGGGUCAACCUGCAAGCCCUCAGCAAACCGGGCAAGGAUAGCAAAGACAGCGCAGUGCUGGAGACUAUUGAAGACAUCCGAGAGAGAAACGCCAAGGAGUCCGAACUUCUUGUGAUAAACCUUGGCGACAAGCUCUUGCAGAAACACGAGGUGCUGUGUGACAUCCCGUCUCUCAAGCUGCUUGCCAAUCUACAUGAAAGUCUGGAAUGGUUCUCAAGCGGUAUCCGGAUGUUUGCUGGCUCGUUGCCAAGUAGCGGCAUUAACAUGCUCACAACUCCAGGGGGCGUAACAUUAGAGGUGCCUGCGGUUGAGAACAGCCUCCUUCACACCUUGAUCGCCCAGGCCAAGGAGUUCAAGGAACUGGCCGACAUUUGCCUGCAGGUGCUGCAUCUUGAGCUCAGGCUACACUGUUUCUUCUACCUUCUCCCUGUUGCCAAACAGUCCAGUUUCCACAUCAGCGCCGACAGCGUGGACCCGGACCCCAACGUCUUGAAACUCAACAAGGACCUAACCACGCUGGAGGAGGCCCUCAGCCCAAGCCUCAUGCCUCACAAAUUCAAGUAUGUGUUUGAAGGCUUAGGUCAUCUCGUCUCCUUCAUCCUCAUCAACAGUGCCCAGUACGUCAAGAGAAUCAACGAAAACGGCAUCAAGAAAAUGUGUCGGAAUAUCUUCAUCCUUCAGCAGAACCUGACCAACAUCACCAUGUCGCGGGAGACCGAUCUGGACCAGGCCCGCAACUACUACGAACUCAUGUAUAAAAGCACAGACGAGAUUCUGAAUGGCAUUGUUGAGCAAGGGGCCUUCUUCAAAGAGCUGGAGUACAGGAACAUUGUGCACCUGCAGCAACGCAGCAGCCCCGCCUACGACCAGAGACACCUGGCUAAGAUGCUCAAGAAGCUGGAAGAGAUCAUGAUGGAGGCCGUCUAGGCUCCUCCCCCUGUCUUAAGCCCCUCCCGUGAAGCCCCAAUAGCCUUGCUUGCAGCCAGAAAUAUUUAGCUUUGAUGUUCAAAAAGCUGGAAGAUAUGAUGAAGGCUAUUUAGGGUGCUCCUUCUCUUCUAGGCCCCUCCCUUGAAGUCCCAGUUGCCUUGCUUACUGCCAGGAUAAGUUGGCUUUGCUACUCAAAAAAAUGGAAGAUAUCGUGAUGAAGGCUGACUAGGCUCCUCCCCCUCUGCCAAGCCCCUCCCAUGAAGCCCCAGUAGCUUCUUGUGAAGCCAGAGAUAUUUAGCUUUGCUGUUCAAAAAGCUGGAAGAUAUGAUGGAGGCUAUUUAGGCUCCACCCUCUCUGCCAAGCCCCUCCCAUGGAGUCCCAGUAGCCUCGCUUACUGCCAGAAUUAAUUGGCUUUGAUACUCAAAAACUGGAAGAUAUCAUGAUGGAGGCUGACUAGGCUCCUCCCCUCUGCCAAGCCCCUCCCAUGAAGCCCCAGUAGCCUCACCCACAGCAAGAAAUAUUGGGUGUUCAAGGAGUUUUACGAGAUCAUGAUGGAGGCUCUCUAGGCUCCUCCCCCUCUUGUAAGCCCUCCCACAAGUUAAGCCUCAGCAAACCUGCCAAUGACCAGAGACACCUGGUCCAAAUGCUCAGUGAGCUGGAAUACUAAUUGCUCCUCCCCCUCUCCUAAGCCCCUCCUACGCCAAUGGUAGAUCUUUCUGUGGAGCACGCUCUCUCUUUUUCAAUCCCCAAAAAGCCAUGCAAAACCUGAAACAUUUCAAGAAAUAAUAUAAACUUUUUGCCAUUCCAAGUGUGAAAAUGCCGAGCAGAAGUCGCGUGUAUUUAAAUUGACUUUGUUUGAACUCUAUGUUCGGACUGAAUGUUUUUAAAAGACAUUAACGGAUUUUGAUGUACCUAGAUUGAGGUAGCUCAGUUAAUAUGAAUUGUAGGCAAAUGUGUACUUUGCAGAAAUGACAGGCUGCUGAAUAUAUGUCUUUCAUUUCACAUAACUGUGACGUAUUUCGUCAUGAAGUGUCCACAAGCUGCCUAACAAUUCUCAAGGGUUCGAUACAGCUACACAAAGUUGGUGGCCAUGUUGAACAUGCCAACUUGAGAUACAUUGAACUCGUGAUCUGUUGAAUCUAUGAAUGUAAAAUAUCUUUGUACAGAAAGGACUUCACUAACGUACCAAGUUAUACAUUUUUGUUGCGCCAAAUUCAAAGGAAUCCCUGAGUUAAGGAAAUCUAUUUUUAUUUCUGUUCACUAUUUCUCUCUUUUUUUUCUGAAAUAUUACAUUCAGAGAGUAUUUUAUCAAGGGGAAAUACAUCUUCAAGAUUUGAAAAUGAGACUUAGUUCUCUGUUUUGAUCAAAAAGCUUCAAAACAUUAGUCAAGUUGACCAAAGAUUAGAUCUACUUAACUUUUUUGCUUGUGCUUUUGGUUUUCUGAUGUGACCACAGAAAAACUUCUAUGACCCAGCAGUUUUUGUUUGACUUGUAUUAUGCGAAAGAUAACUGUUAUUUUUUACAUUUUAGCAUUAUAGAAUGCAUGUGCAAUAUACUCAUAUGAUAAUGGCAAGCUAAUCAAGAAUUUAAAUUUGAUGUCAACAAAAAUUGAAAAGCACUCAAAACAUAUCAAACAAGUGUUUCCAGAUAAGUUUUCAUGAGGAUUUAAUUAACGGAAAUUAUAAAUCCCGUACACUAUAGGACAGUGCUCACAAAACGGCAAAACAUCGAUCAGAACAAAUAAAAAUUGCUCAAAAACCUUGGGUGAUAAAAAGCUAACUGGUUUGAAAAAACAAAACUUCAGCCACAAAUGUUUGUCCAAAGUGUCAUUAAAAAAAUGCAUUUUGACAUUCAGCAAUCCUCUAUUGCUUUUGAAUGGUUCAAACUUUGUUGAAGUGGUUUAUAAACGUGAAUAUCAUUUAUUCAGUUCAGAUAUUAAUUUUUGUAUGCAUAAGUGCUUGCCUAAUUUAAAGAAAUGAUUUGCAAGGCUAAAUUAAUAUUUUUUUAAUCAGGUUUAUGCCAAAUUCAGAUAAAAAAGAUUGGAAAAAUAUAGCGUAAGUACCUUUAAAAAAAAAAAUUGAGGAAAUAAAUUUAAAGCAUAAUUCAUAGAUUAUGCAAGAAACACAAACAUAAAAUGUCAGUCACUUUGUUUUUAUUUAUGAUUCAUUUCAUGAUUCAUGUACUACUCAAAUGUUUACAAUACUAAAUAGUUAAAAGUUACAAAGUCUAGGAAACAGAUGUCUUGCAUUGCAAUUGUAAACAAUUAUCCUUUUUUUAAUUUCAUUCAUACAAUACUAUUUAACCACGAAGUCUGCAGGAACUAACAAGUACGCCGGCACGUACUUGUAAGGACCACUUGCGUGCAACAAUAUUUUGCCGUACCAGCGAAACAAAGUAUCCUUUCGGAGGGGAAGCCUUCCCUAACAUCUAAACUUCCACUUUAUCCUGAGCUAAACUUGCUUCAGCCAAAACAGGUACGAGACAGGAAUACAGGUAUUGCGCAUUUGAAAACACCGUGGAACUAUCACAAAAUGCCUGUGUAUAUGUUGUUACAGCACCAGAGCGUUGGACAGGUAGAAUCAUUUAAAAGAAAACCGUGCCUGAAUGGCUGAAGUAUUUACUCAUUAUUACUUGCAGGUAAAUCUAAGUGAAGAAUCGUUGUACACUCGCACUGGCCCCCAGUAAUGGUGGAAACAUUGCACUAGCUAUUGUUCAGAGUACCAGUCAUGGAGCGGUGGUUUUGUACAAUGGCUUACGCAAUGCUUCCCGCACUACUGGAGACCACCGUGAGUGUACUGUACAUAAUAGGUCUGUACUUGAACAAUUACUUAAAACAGAGUUGUCUCAUUU